GAAUGGCGACGAGAUUUCCUGCGAUGUUCCAAGGAUUGGGACGUUCCACUUUUUGGUUACAACAUGUCAUCGACUCCCUCAUUGAUAUUAUGCGGAGAACUCGUACCCGUUGCCCACAUUGAAGGUCGCUUAGGACUGGUGGGAGAAUACUACGUCAAGUUACUAAGAAGGAGCUUGGGGUGUUCAAGAAACGAGCUGUGGAUGGAUUUCAGGAAAGGAAGAUUUUGUCGCGGACCAGUUGGGCCUCGAUGUCGUUAUUCGUAUGAUGACCCGAACACCAAGAACAUCACAGUUCCCUUGGACUUGGAAUUCCUUGAAGAAGAAGUCAUCAUCCGAUAUCUUCUUGGCAAGCAAGACGACCGCGAGCUUUUUUAUGUACUCAGCUAUACUGGUCGUUCCGAAUUACUCAAAGAUCGCCCGACAACCAAUUACUCCCCCCACGUCCUUUCGGAUUCCACAGGCUCAAUGAUUUCUUUUUGCCAGAAUCUUCUGUGGUGGAGUUGGAAAGGUUGUCUUGACGAUCGGCAGUUGAUGCCAGAUGGGGCAACCAGAUUGCGCCUCACAAACAAUCGUCGCUAUGUAGAAGUUUCUCCUGCUGGUGACCCAUCCACAUGGCUUUCACAAGCGUUGAGUGUUUUUCACAGCCACAACAUCUCACUGGAUGAGGACCUUUCUACUUACCAGCUUAUCUACCCUUACAUUAAGCUCGCAGGGAAGGUCCAGAAAUCGAAACGCAAACAACGACGCCGCCGACUGCAUGCACCCAUUUACUUGUUCCUCCUUCCUUCCCCUUUUUCCUGCCGGUUUGGCAGGCGUUUUUAUUCUUGGUCCCUUGAUCCAACUGGCCGAAUCCCGCUCUCAUUGGAUAUGUGCAAGUACUUGGGCCUUCCCUACAAGCUCUCGUCGAAGAUAUUGUAUUUUCUAACUUCAUGGUCUACCAAGACCUACAAAACAAUACAUAAUUAUCAAAUUGCAAGAGGAUUUGACCCUCGCACCACGGAUCUUGCACAAACUCUUAGGUAUCAAAUUCACGCAAUUGUGCCUCGCGAGAACCCCUUUCAAGAAGUCGAGGAGGGCGGAGUAUCUUCAUACACUUGCACCUCCCGAGAACCGCUUCCAGGAGGUCGAGGAAAGUGUCCUUUCCGAUUAUUUGACCUAUACUGACACGAGAUUUCGUAAACAGGACAGAACGAAAUCUCUGCCA